ACUCUCUAACGCCAUUAUAUAGCAGAAAAUAUAAACACAACAAACAUGACCUUCGGAAGGGUUCUUUCGACCAUUGCAUUGGAUAAUGGAUGUCUUUAGCAGUGUUUGAUAUGUUUUGUUUAGUGUAUAUACAUAUUUAGGCUAUAGUCUCUAUCUUCUUUAGCGGCUCACCAUAAUUGAUUAUGGCCGAUGUCGUAAUCCCCGUGGCGGUGUUUGGGCUGCUGUGUGCACUGGUUCGUUUUCUCCACCUCACGGAAAAAUCUGAGAAACCAAAGUUGUACUACAAAGAUGAUUCCCAGUUUGUGCAGUCUGUGCUGGACUUAUGUCCAGUGUUUAAAGAAAUAUUCCAGCCCACAUUGUUGUGGGGGAAAAGUGGACAUCUGCAGACUUUUGUGUAUGCCAAACUGGGAAAAGUUCUGUCCCCUUUUCCACAUGGUGAAAGAUGCAGUUUUCUGAUGGCAGAUGGAGCUACUAUGACUUAUGAUGUUUUUCAGCCACACAAAACUCAUUCAACAAAUGGGGAUUACACCCUCCUGGUUUGUCCAGGCAUUGCUAACAGCAGUGAGGCUUCGUACGUGUGUAUGUUUGUGAACUACGCCCAGGACCAUGGCUACAGAGUUGCUGUACUUAACCACCUGGGGGUCCUUCCCAGCGUCCCUCUCACAAGCUCCAGGAUGUUCACUUACGGCGGGACGGAUGAGUAUGCUGUGAUGGUGACAGAGAUCUGUAAAAGAUACCCCGACUCCAAACUCAUGGCCAUAGGAUUCAGCAUGGGGGGAAACGUAGUGUUAAAGUACAUAGGAGAAGACAACUCAAGACAGAAGAAUUUCCUCUGUGUUAUGUCCCUUUGUCAGGGCUAUGAUGCAGGGCAGGCUGCGCAGUUAGCUAGAGAAUGGGGCUACCUCAGGCGGUUCUAUGGAUUUGUUAUGGCAAAAAACCAGAAGAGGAUCCUGAAACAGAACUAUGAUAUGCUGCUGUCAACGGAGGUUCAGGAGAGGUACCACAUUGAUCCGUGUCGAGUCAUGGCUGCCACAUCAGCCCACGAGUUGGACGAAGCAUACAACAGAAGAAGAGCAGGGUAUACAAGCGUUGAAGAAUAUUACAAAGUACAGAGUUGUCACACCUAUAUGAGUAAGAUCACUCUCCCUGUGUUAUUACUCAAUGCUAACAAUGAUCCAUUGGUUCCUCUGCCAUUGCUGGAAAUAGGCAAAGAAUAUGCAAAAACACACGACAAUGCUCUCCUAGUCAACCCCAAACAUGGUGGCCAUCUUGGAUUUUUCCAAAAAGGGUUUUUCACCCCCGACCCUCUGACCUGGCUGGACAAGGCGGCUCUUCAGUAUGCAGAAGCUAUUGUCACAUUGUAUGUCUCUAAUAAACUACCACAUAGUAAGUACAAAUCCUGAUGCUGAACCCUUGGAAUGAAAUACAUCCAUGUAUAUUCAUUAUGGGCUUUUAGUAGCAUUUAAUAUUGUAAGCAUAAUUUGUUGUCUGUUAUAUUUUGAUAUUUACUUAUAGAUUGUUUUAUACUGCUACUGUGAGUUUGUUUGAAGUAUUGCUUUUUGCAUUUGUUUGUAUUUGAAGUUCAUUCUUAGUACCUUUAUUUAUGCCUGUAUUGCUUCUCAAGUGCAUUUAACACAACAGAGUUGAUUUUACUGUAAUCGUUAAGGUUUAUUGGUGCAUUUUAUUUCAAACUGUUUUUAUGGAGAUUGUUUGUAUCUGCAUUACUUAUGCUUAUUGAAUAAAUUGAUAUGAUUUUAAA